CGGAGGAAUACAUGGAGCUGCUGCAAGAUGAGGCAAGGAGCCAGAGACAGAGCAUAGUGAUCAUCUUCAUAGACUCAGGGGUGUCACAGUGGGAUGAGUGGCUGCAGCUAGAACUGACAUGUGACAUGAGAAAGUUGCGGAUGUCACAGCAGCACGCUGUAAAUCAAAGUCUCUGUGAGUGGUGUGGAAACCAGGGGAAACCCAGCUGAUUCUGAAACCCAGGACUGGAUGUAUAUGAAAAGACUAACUCAUAUUUUAUAGCAAACAGCCUCAGGAUGAUUUACAGUAGAGUGCCCUAUAUUUAACCUAUUAUGUAUUCACAGCACGAGCUGCCUUUGGCGUUCAGGCUGCACAGCUGAGAUGUUUUUUUAUAAUGCGUAAUGGGUCCACUCCUGCAUUCUCAUUGAACACCACAGGAAGGACACCACACCACACCACACCACAGAGACGGUGGAGGGAGGGAGUACCUCUCCACCUCACAACGUCUCCACCUCACGUUACCCAGCUAUAGUUAAGUGGCGGAGUCAGCGCAGAGCCAACUGCGCCACUGAAGCCUGCUUUGUUAUCCAAAGGUAAUAAAACUCAGCUCUGAGGCCCAUUAUGCUGCUGCAUCAACAUUUUACAUCUCACUGAAUGUCCGCGGUGAGCGCACGCCACCGGUGUGGUGGCUUCACAAUGGGACAGGGCGGUGUGGCACAUCUAUGCCCUGGUCGGUGGGUGUCGUGAGUGACGGCGGCAGCUGGCAGAGCUGGAAGGAGAACCUUCUCCUGGGACCUCGCGUCUGAGGAGCGCCUGAUCUGGAGGCAACGUGAGGAGCGCACAUACCUCCAGAAAACGGGCGACAACUAGACUUUCCCUGCUGCGCCCGGCAGCUGCUGAGGGGCUGACUGAUCGGUGAUAAAAGCACCGGGAAAGAGGAAAAUAAAGCUUCUCUCAGCGAGGCAGAGACAAACCAGUGCCUUCAGAGCCAAAAGGCUGCGGGUCCAUAGUAUGGGAGCGAUAUGUUGUCCAGGAAAGGAAUCAUUCCUGAGGAUUACUUACUGACACGUUUGGCUGAGAAUGUCCUUCAGCCAAAGUUCAAAGCCAAGCCGAGGAAAGCUCGGUUCGUCGCCAAGAACGGCACCUGCAAUGUAGCGCACACUAACAUCCGAGAGCAGGGUCGCUUCUUGCAGGACGUCUUCACCACUCUGGUUGAUUUAAAAUGGCUCCACACGCUCGUCAUUUUCACCAUGUCCUUCCUGUGCAGCUGGCUCCUCUUCGGGAUGAUCUGGUGGCUCAUCGCCUUUGCGCAUGGCGACCUGGACGAGAGAGGAGACGAUUUUGUCCCGUGCGUAACGGACAUUCACUCCUUCUCAUCCGCCUUCCUCUUCUCCAUAGAGGUCCAGGUGACCAUCGGCUUCGGGGGCCGGAUGAUCACGGAGGAGUGCGUCUCCGCCAUCAUCAUCCUGAUCGUGCAGAACAUCGUCGGCCUGGUCAUCAACGCGAUCAUGCUCGGCUGCAUCUUCAUGAAAACUGCGCAGGCCAAUCGGCGCGCGGAGACGCUCAUUUUCAGCAAGCACGCCGUCAUCUCCGUCCGAAACAACAAGCUGUGCUUCAUGAUCCGCAUCGGGGACCUGAGGAAAAGCAUGAUCAUCAGCGCCACCGUGCGGCUGCAGGUGGUCAGGAGAACCACCACGGAGGAGGGCGAGUUCGUGCCUCUGGACCAGAUCGACAUCCACAUGGAUAACCCGGUGGGCACCAACGGUGUCUUCCUGGUGUCCCCCCUCAUCAUCUGUCACGUCAUCGACAAGGACAGCCCUCUGUAUGAGAUGUCAGCUUUUGACUUGCAGCAUCAGGACAUCGAGGUGAUCGCGGUGCUGGAGGGGGUGGUGGAGACCACGGGCAUCACCACGCAGGCCAGGACCUCCUACGUGUCGGAUGAGAUUCUGUGGGGGCAGCGCUUCGUGCCUACGGUCUCAGAGGAGGACGGCAUGUACGCGGUGGACUACUCCAAGUUCGGUAACACCAUGAAGGUGCCGACACCGUGCUGCAGCGCCAAGACGCUGGAUGAGGCGGGAGGCAUCGCUCGGUUUAAGCUGAACGAGGGCCUCACCUUGCGGCCGAUUGUGAGAAGGCGGCGGGGCUCUACGUUGGUCCACAGGACCAGGAUGGAGGACUAGUGAACUGAUCUAUGUCAACCAGCAUUUUAUAUAAUGAUUUAUUAUUUAAGUUUGAAGAUAGUGAAAUGACAAAAUCAUAUUUAUUUUAUAAUUAAUACAUGUUACGGAGCAGCUGUAAUCAAGGGGGCAGGUUUGGUUUCAACACUGGGGGUCCUCCGCCAGAAUAUGUGGAGCACCAAACACUUAAUUAAGUUUAUGCACCAAAUUGUACAAUUUCUGCAUCAAUUUAUGGUGUAAAUGUCUCUAGUUCUGUUUAAACUCCACUGCUAUCUUCAUGUUUUUAUUAAGGGGGACAAAUGCACAUGUUCUACAUAUUGAAGGGGGUGUGUUCCCUGCUUUCCCCCUGAUAUCUAUGCCUAUGCCUGCAAUCAGUAAUCCACAUUACAUCUCUCUGCAGCCAGAUGUAUGCACGCAUCAUCAAGCUUUUUACUCAGGGUCAGUGAGAAGAAUGCACAAAGACAGAAUGCACUGAGAACUGUGAGGAGUCCUGGUACCCAGAAUGAACAGGAAGUCCACUUUGGAUAUGCUUGAUUUUUUAUUAUUAUUAUUAUUAUUAAUAAAGAGUGACUGCAUGUAUUUAAAAGAAAUAAAGGAGAAUGCUUUACGGAAACUGUGUUGUGGAUGGAGAGGCCACAUUAUAUGCUCCUGAGUCCCUAACUUUUGUUUGGUAUGCAUUUUUAAUUUCUCCUAGCUAUUUGGGGUCAGUAGGACCUGAAAAGUAUAAAAAAACUAAACAUUAUCAAUGGUAAUUAAGUCCUAAUGUCCUCAAACGAGUACUUCCUAACAGUCUUAGUCUGUUGCUGUUGCCAAACUUGGUAAAAUUUGUUGCCACAUCAAACUCCACCUCUGUGUCUGGAUCGGCUGCAGACUGAAUUGGCAGAGAUGGCUGCCAUCUUGUUUUUACAUGGAUUAG